CAUGGGGCAAUGUCUGAGGUACCAGAUACACUGGGAGGACCUGGAAGAAUACCAGGCCCUGACCUUCCUGACCAGGAAUGAAAUCCUGUGCAUCCAUGACACCUUCCUGAAGCUCUGCCCGCCUGGGAAGCACUACAAGGAGGCGACCCUGACCAUGGACCAGGUCAGCUCCCUGCCGGCGCUGAGGGUCAACCCGUUCAGAGACCGGAUCUGCAGAGUGUUCUCCCACAAUGAUGUGUUCUCCUUCGAGGACGUGCUGGGCAUGGCGUCCGUGUUCAGCGAGCAGGCCUGCCCCAGCCUGAAGAUCGAGUACGCCUUUCGCAUCUACGGUCAGUGCCGUGGGGGGCCGAGUGAUGAGGCCCGUGCCCUUAGCACAGCUGGGAUGCCUGCAUCAAAGGGAAUUGGAAGGAAAGAAGCAAAGAAACCCAGGGAAGCCUUCAAACAGACCGUGUGCAAAGCUUUAAGUGCCUUGUGAUGGCUUCUCGGCCCCAAAGGACCUGUUCAUCCAGGCUUACACAUGUUGGCUCCUCCCCUGCCCUCUACUCCUGCCAGCUGCUCCUGUCUUCACGCAGUCGACACCAUCUCAGUCCUGUCUCACCCAAGUGCACUUGGAUAGGGUGGAAUGGAAGAGCUUUAAGCCAGAUGGACCUGUGAAGACUCGGUUUUCUUAGCUAUAAGGAGGACUUAAUGUUAUUUUUGCCUCCUGUGUGUCCUCAGGCUCGGUGUCCGGUUAAACUCAAUUGCAAUCACAGAUUGCUCUACUGAGAAUGGCUGAGCCAGCUCCUGUCACACUGUCAUUUCCACCGAUCGCAAUCAUAAACCCUAAAUAAAUAUACAGAAAGUAACUACUUGAUGGCACUGGAAAGCUAUCAAAAGCAAACAGAUUCUAGAGGCAGCUGACACUUGAAAGAAGGAAAUGGUACUAGAUGGUCCUCCUCCCCACCCCCAACUUUGGGAAAAAAACUACGACUUUUUUUAUCUUGAAGGUGGGUUUCAGUGAGUAGCAUCAUGCAGGACUGGCAGAAACUCUGCACUCUUUCUGACCUGAAGAAUCGGAGAGGCUGGGGUGCUUCUCCCUUGAAAAACAAAAAGAAAGGGAGAGUCCAUGAAAGCCAGAGAAAGGGUGCCCAAAUUUUGUGUAUGACUGUGCCUAACUCCCUUUCUUUCCUCUAAACCACAUGUACAAGGACAGACGCACAGCAGCUUGGGUGAGGAUAAAAGAGCUGAACUGAGGUGUGAGCGGCUGCUGCCUUUCAACCAGGACCCAUGUGACAGACAGCGUUAGCAGUUUGAGUCCAACCAAUUGCCUGUUAAAACCAAACAUUUAGCACUCUUUGGAGGAAUAUAACAGAAUCUAGAAUUUCCACCAGAAAGUAUUUAUGAUGUUCAAGAUACACUCUGAAAUUAGUCAACAUAUAAAAAUUUUAGCCCUGACCUGUGUGGUCCAGUGGGUUGGGUGUUGUCCUGCAAAGUGAAAGGUCACCAGUUUGGUUCAUGGUCAGGGCACAUGCCUGAGUUGUGGGUCUGGUUCCUGGCUGGGGUGUGUACGAGAGACAACUGAUGAACAUCUCCUGCACGUCAGUGUUUCUCUCCCUCUCUUUCUCCUUCCCUUUGCUUCUCUCUAAAAAUAAAUAAAUACAAUCUUUAAAACAUUUUUAAAAAAUCGAUGCAUUCUCAAGAAUGGAGACUGACUCUGACAUGACCCAGGUGUUGGGAUUGGCUGAUAAGCAUCUUAAAACAGCUAUUAAAACCAUGCCCACUGAUGUAAAAGAAAGUAUGCUCACAGAGAAUAAAAAUACAGACAGUCUCAGCAGAGAAAUAAAAGCUAUGAGGAAGAAUCAAAUGGAAGAUAUAUAACUAAAAAAAUACAAUAUCUGAAAUAAAAAUCACUGGAUGGGCUUAACAGGAGACUCACAGGGACAGAGAAGAGAGCCAGCAUCACUGAAGACAGAUCAGUAGAAAUAUAACCUAAUCUGAACAGAGAGAAAAACCAUGAAGGGAUAAAAGGAACAGAGCCCCAGGGACACAUAGAGCAAUAGAAAGGUCUAACAUAUAACCAGAUCCUCAGGGGGAGAGGAGAGAAUGAACAGAGCAGAAAAGAUGUUUGGAGAAACAAUGGCCCCAGGUGUCCCAAAUCUGAUAUGAGAAACACAUUUACAGUGACUUUCAAGCUGGGUCAGUACAAAUGAAGUCACCGAAAUCUGGUUGGCUUAACAGCCCCCACCUCCCAUCCACGUCAUCCUUCUUUAUCCCAAGUAUUCAGUUGGCCAAAAAGUUCGUUUGGUUUUUCCCGGAAGAUGGCUCUAGUAAGUACCACUUAGUUGUCUUUAACUUCAUUGGAAUCAAUUUUGUUAGAUUGUAUUGUGACAUCUGUCAUAUCAACAUGCAUUUUUCAAAAAAAAACUUAGCAAAGUUGGCAAAUUUUUGUUUAGUCAUUUUAAUAUUGAAGAUGGAAGAAAUACACAACAUUUUCAUCAUAUUAUGC